UACUGCUGGGUGCAAGGCAGGGCCAGGGAUGGGUAAGAAAUUAAGCUCCUACUUCAGUUUCAAAAGCGUCUUGCUCAAACUCAAAACGGACUGCGAGGUUCAAGCUGAAUACAGAGGGAGCCGGAAUACCAUUUCUCAAUAUCAGUCCCAUCUACUGAAAUCCGUGUUGCCUUGGAAUUGAAAUUUGGAAACCAUGGAUACAGAGGCCGGUGAAGCGAGCGGAUCGGGAUACGUUGGAAGAGAUACGGAAAAGGAUUGUGAUGAUGGUUUUGUUGAUGAAGAUGAACUCUUUGACGAACUAGAAAAUGAGGACAUUCCAGCGAGCAUCCGUGAAGCUAGGAUGGAUCAGAUGAAGAGAGAAGCUGAAGCGGCCAGAGCCAUGGAAGACAAGGGACUUGGACUUUAUACUGAGAUUGAAAAGGAAGGUGAUGUGCUGAAGUUAACGACUACUAUUCCUAAAAUUAUCAUUCACUUCUACCACACUGACUUCAAAAGUUGUAGCAUAAUUGAUAAACAUUUAAAAGUACUAGCGGAGCAAUAUCGAGAUGUUAAGUUCAGCAAGGUUUGCGUUGAUCUGGUACCAUUCUUUGUAGAUAAACUCCAGAUUCAAGUUCUACCCGCUGUUCUCCUCUUUAUUGACGGGUUUGUUGUAGAUAGGAUUGUUGGUUUUGAGGAAUUAGGAAAUACAGAUUCAUUCACAACAGCUACUUUAGAAAAGAGGAUAGCUAAAUCAGAAAUCAUCAAGCCUCAGAUUGCUGCUGGGUCCACCAACAAAACAAUCUUUGGGUUUGAGAGGAGAAGAGAUGACAGCAGUGAUGAAGACUUUUGAUGACACCUCCCAGGAAACCUGAUAAUCUUCUUUAAAUAAACAAGUAAAACCUCCCACAAAGACAGGGAUGGAGUCAAGAUCAGUAGAUCCAAGUCACACAGCCACUGGAGAAGACAUCCCAGGCUAAAGCUCUAUCAUAAGAACCCUGUAUCAAAGGCUCUUAUACCCUCCUUUCAUUAUUUUGAAGGUGCAGGAUGUAGGUGUAAAGGGUAAACCAAAUGUGACACUCCACCACACAAAAACCAAUAAAUUGCUGAUUUCAGUAUCAAUGUUUUUAAGAUGUACGUUUCAAAGAGGAAAUUCUAAGCUUAAAAAUGGUUUUUAAGUACUAUGUAAUUUGCUAUGAUUGGAAGAAUAAAAUUGUUUGAAAUAUCACCAAGAAUGUGAGAAAGUCUGACUUGUAACUUUCCAAAGUUUCCAGAAUAAGGGAGAAAAUGAGUCUCAAAAAUUGGGAUAACUCAAGCAUGCAGACCUCUUCUUAUGCUUAAAAGGUUUAAUCAAACUUCCUCUUUCAGUGUGAAGGGAUUAACCUGAAACUCGGCAGUCUUUAGGUUUACAUUCUUCCUGA